AUGAGGCAGCAGCAAUCGCUCCAUACAAAGCAAGUCAGCACGCGCCGGGCAGCGAAUGGCAGGAAGAAUAGGGCGACGGGCACCCUCGGGCUCUGCCCCGAUGCCCCUCUGGCCCCUUGCCCAGAGCCCGUGGCUGCUGUACCUUUAAGAGGAGCCUGGCCCGGAGGGGAAGGAGGGGGGUCUGAGGAUCCCUGGAGGGAGAGCAGCGCAGCACCCUGUGUCUCCCAGAGCACAGCCCUCAGGAGCCAGCCGGGCAGCAUGGCCAUUGGCGAGGAGCUGCGGAGCCGGCGGUUCUGGCGCUCCCUGCUGGCGGAGGCGGCUGCCACCCUGAUCUUCGUCUGGCUGGUGCUGGGGGCCUCGUGCCCCGGCGGCCCUGGGCGCGUCACAGCCCCCCCGGCCCUGCAGCCGGCUCUGACGGCCGGGCUGGCGGCUGUGGGGCUGGCUCACUGCUUCGGCGAGGUCAGCGGGGCCCAGGCCAACCCGGCCCUCACCCUGGCCUUGCUCUGCACCCGCAAGCUGGACGCCCUGCGCGGAGCCGCCUACGUCCUGGCCCAGUGCCUGGGCGCCGUCCUGGCCUCGGCCGCCGUCUACCUGGCGCUGCCCGCUGCAGCCGCCAGCCACCUCGUCACCAGGGUGAGCAGUGAGGGCAACGCUGGGCAGGCGCUCGCCAUGGAGACCUUCUCCACCUUCCAGCUGGUCUUCACCAUCUUCGCCGUGGAGGACCAGCAGCGCCGGGGGGCGGGCGAGCCGGGCGGCCUGGCCAUCGGCUUCUCCGUGACGGCCGGAGCGCUGGCCGCGGGGACGUUCUCCGGGGGCAGCAUGAACCCAGCCAGAUCACUGGGCCCGGCCGUCCUGACGGGCAUCUGGGACCACCACUGGGUGUACUGGAUUGGCCCUUCACUGGGCGCGGUGCUGGCCGGCCUCUCCUACGAGUUCCUCUUCGCCUCCAGCGCCUCCCGGGAGAAGCUGGUCGCCUGCCUGACCUGCCGGGACAUCGACAUAGUGGAGACGGCCAGCAUGUCCCGCUCCUCCCUCUCCACUGCCCCCCAGGAUGCCACCCGGGCCAAGCCACCCCCCAAGGGGGAGCAGCGCUGAGCGGGCUUGGCCUCCCCCACCCCAUCCUGCCCCCCAAGGACCUUCCAGCCUCCAUGAACCACCCCCUCCUGUUGUGAUCCAGCCCACCCUCGCCCUCCUGCUAGCCCCACUGAGCAACCCCCACCCCCAGUGCUGCUCCAGCUCCGGUGCAGGCUGCACCCAGCAUCCACUGGUGGGGGCAGGGGAUGGGCAAGA